AUGGAACCCAGAAACCACACAGCUGUUUCAGAAUUCCUUCUCCUGGGACUGACAGABGACCCAGCCCUGCAGCCCCUCAUCUUCAGCCUGUUCCUGUCCAUGUACCUGGUCACCAUCCUGGGGAACCUGCUCAUCAUCCUGGCCGUCAGCUCUGACCCCCGCCUCCACACCCCCAUGUACUUCUUCCUCUCCAACCUGUCCCUCACUGACAUCUGUAUAAGCACAACCACCAUCCCCAAGACGCUGGUGAACAUCCAAGCACACACUCAGAGCAUCAGUUACUCAGGCUGCCUCUCCCAGCUCUGCUUUGUCUUGAUCUUUGGUGGCUUAGAAAAUUGCCUCCUUGCAGUGAUGGCCUAUGACCGCUAUGUGGCCAUUUGUCACCCUCUGAG